UCUCAUUGUGUGGCGGAGUUGAGAUCGUUUUCAAGUUGCUCCGGCUGGAGUGUCUGGUGACUUUCCUUCGCGACGAGCGCGCGGAGUGGCGAUGAAAAGAAUUCAGUAAAUUUCAAUGAAAUAAAACACGGAGCAAACAAAGGUGGUGGAAGAUGGCUUUUUGAAAAUUUUAUAACUAUGAGUGCAACACUCGAGUGCUUGUGAGUAAAAGUCGGUGAAAAUAAAUUGGGCGAAAUUACAUUGGAUGCACAGAGAGAGAGUCUUGGAGUAUUUCUUCUUCGUUUGCACUCCUCCUCGACUGUGGUGUGAAUCAUGGGGCGGUUGGGGGUCCAUUCUUAAGUGAAGUGAAAGGAAUACCAUACACCCAGUGAGUGGCUUUUCCCAGCGGGACCUGGCAAAACAUGCUCCCCGAGUGAUGUAUAGACAAUUGCUUUAUGAAAAAUUCACAAAGCUCUGAAUGUACCUGGAAUACAAAAUAAAAUUGCAUAGACUCUCAGCCACCAUUUAACCUUGUCAGAAAAGUUCCUCUCGCCACGGCGGCACAUAUAAGGAGAGAGAGAAAAAAAGGAAUCAUGCAGGCGAAUGUGGAGGAUAUCGACCAAGUUGGACCCGGCGUCGUCGACGAUGAUGGUGACUUUGAGGAUUUCUAUCGCGACUCUGUGAUUUUCAUCACGGGCGGAACGGGAUUCCUCGGCAAAGUGCUGCUCGAGAAGCUGCUGAGGAAGUUUCCAAUUAAGCGAAUCUAUCUGCUGAUACGGAAUAAGAACAAUCUCACGGCGCACCAGAGACUCGGAGGUCUAUUUCAGGAAGAGCUCUUCGCAAAACUUCGUGUGGAGAAUCCGGGAUUCAGGGAGAAAGUUGUACCCAUCGCAACCGAUUAUGAAGCAUUUGAUCUGGAUAUUUCGGAGGAAGACAAAUUGACUUUAUUCAAUGAUGUGGAAAUUGUCUUCAAUAUUGUGGCGUCGGUGAAGUUCAACGAAAAAUUGAGAGACGCCCUUGGAAUUAAUGUGCUCGGCACGAAGAAGGUUCUUGAGUUAUCUCAGCAAAUGCGACGUCUUAAAUCGUUCCUGCAUAUUUCUACGCUCUACUCCAACUGCCACCGGAGGAGCGUCGGCGAGCGCUGCUACAGCCCCCAAAUCACGUACGAACAAGUGAUACAAAUAAACCGAAUCGCUGAUAACGACACCUUCGAAAACAUCCAGCACUGCCUCAUUGGAGAGAUGCCAAACACCUACACCGUGACGAAGCGAUGGGCUGAGAAUCUGGUGAAUCACAUGGCUUUCGGGAUGCCGGCGGGCAUCUUCCGGCCGCCAAUUGUCGUUUCGAUCUACAAGGAUCCGAUUCCCGGCUGGAUGGACAAUCUCAAUGGGCCAGGCGUGAUUAUUGUGGGCAGCGUGAGAGGAUUCAUUCACUGUAUUUACGGAGAUAAAUUACAGAAAGCCAACAUUAUGCCUGCAGAUUAUUGCAUCAACGCCAUGGUAACUGCUGCUUGGGAUACGCACAGGCGGUAUCAGAAGAGGAUUGAGCAGCAAAUCGAAUUACCCGUUUACAACUACAUCUACGAGGAGAAUAACUUAACAUGGGAGCGAUAUAUGCAUUUGGCGUUCGAAGGAUUACACGAGCCGUUAGAUAAGGCUCUCUGGUACUAUGCGUACUACAUUGUUAAGUGGAGGCCAUUGUACAGAGUUGGUGCAUUUUUCCUCCACACAAUUCCUGCGUAUAUUCUGGAUCUGCUUUCGACAAUUGCUGGGAAGCAAAGAAGAUUUAUCAAAGCACACAGAAAGAUCGGCACAAUCCUGGAGAUGAUGUCAUAUUUUGGUCUACGUGACUGGAAAUUCGCCAAUGACAAUAUUCGCCAGUUGAAUGGGUUGAUUUCCCAUCGAAAUCGCCAGCUCUACAGUUUGGACUUUGAAAUGGAGAAAAUCAACUGGAACGAGUACUUUCGCCACUAUAUUCCCGGAAUUAAGAAAUAUCACUUCAAAGAGGACGCCAAAAACCUGCAGAAUACACAAUUGCACUACAAGCGACUCUAUAUCCUGCACAGAUUUGCAAAGACGUCAUUCUGGUCAUUGAUUUUCUACCUAAUUGCGAGACAAUUCCUUCGGGCUUUUGAGAAAUUCGUGAUUCAGUGAAAUGCAUGUGACAGUUUUUUUUUUGGUUGGUUUUUUGGUUUUUUUUGUGGGCGGAGGAAAAUGAAGCCGUCCAGGAAUUGUAAUUAAAAUGAACACUCACCGCCUGUCCUGUCCAUGAAACAAUAAAAUAAUUUAAAAUCACCCAAUUUCGAUGUUAUUCUCUGCACAAUACCAAACAUAUAUAUUCAGUUAGUUGGGAAGUAAAUGUAUGUAAUGUGUGAACAAAAGAAUUAAUUAAAGUUUUAUUCGCAA